CCUAGAAAUGUUUUGAUGGCUUUGUCGAAAUGGACGAAAGAGUCAGGGCUCCUGACAUGAGUGAACUUUCAGAGGCAUGUCAUGUUGAUCGAAAAUCAUCCAGUUGCUCUCGAACAAGCAUCGAAAAUCCUAAUUAUGAUGGUCCCCAAGAAUUACCCCAGCGUUCUCUGGCUGUUCCCGGUGUAGAAAUUAAACACCGGACAACCCGAUUUAAAGUGCAGACGAAUGAAAAACAGUCAAGAAACCCAUGUACCGAAGUUGUAGUAAUUGCAUUUGAUGUUGGCUAUUUAGCUACUUGUGGAGGCAUUUUAAGUAUUCUUCAGAUUGUAUUUUCCCUUGCUACGUUGAUAUGUCUGGUGACAUCUGGAAGAGAGGAAAGUGGUUUGCUGAACUUACCAUUAACCUGGCACUUCCGUAUCAUGAUGUUUGUGCUCGUUCUAACUAUCCUAUACAGCACAGUGUCUGUUGUCGGAAACAUUACCAGCCUUGUCUACAUGUUCCCAUUUGAAUGGACCUUCAUAAAUUUGGUGGUGUAUUCUGUGUUUGCAUUCCUCUACCUUGUGGGGACGUCGCUGGUGGCCAGUGCAUUUGACUUUUACAACAAGAUGAAGAGCGACGUCACAGCUCAAACCAUCCAGCAACUAGUCAUCUGUGUCGUGCUUGGUUACAUAUGCAUGGUCAUAUAUGGAAGCACGGCACUAGUGAAUUACAGACACUGGCGUCUGCGCUAUCGACUCUACCAUCGCCGACAACUGCUAGAGGAAGAUGAAAUAGACAUCUGAUCAAAGAGGAGACAAUCUGAUUCCAAAUGAAAAAAAAAUAGUCAUAGAAGAAUGAGUCUCUAGUGCUGUCGCAACUACAAACCGUUGAAGCCUCAAGUGUUGAAGAAAUGUUUUGAGUAGUGUCCCUUGUUUUUUAUUGUCAUAUUUAUUAUCCUUCAACCUCCAGAUUUUAAAACAGGAUGUGAAGUGUCAUGUAAAUGAUUAUACAAUUCAUGUGCUAGUUACACAACUGUUUAAAACUUCUUUUCUUUUUUUUCUUUUUUUUUACCCCUGUUCAAGAUAAAUGAACAAAGUUUUAUAAAUCGAGGAACACAGAUCUGUUUUUAAAAUUGAUUUGCAACUACUCUUUAGCAUUUUAGAAUAGUGUAGCAACCUCUGAAACUUGCAUAGUGAAUCUCAGCAUAAUAUUAAUAAAAAUGUUCCCUGUACCGGUAUAUAAAUAAAACAAUUUUCUUGGUAUCUAUCCAAUAUGAUUGAUAUCACACAUCUGAUUAUGGGACCGUAGCAAAAGUAUAUGAAGCCAAAAGAGAUCUGCAGACCCCUCCCCUUCCCCCUCCCCCCAAGAGACUAAAAUAAGAGCAACUUUGUCUUCACAUUGGUGCUAUGUGAACCAGUGGGUUUUUUUUGUAAGAGACAGGGAGAGCUUUAUCUAGAUAUCUAGAUAUAAAUAAAAAGAAUGUUCUGUUUUUUUAAUUCUCUUUAAUAAAAAAUGAAAGUUUUGAUAAAGCCAACUAAUCAGGAUCUUAAAAUUAAAGUUUUGAUAUUGCCGAACAGGUUCACCUGUCUAGCAGGCAUUUUGACGUUUUUUAUUCUCGGAACGAAUGCAGAAUUAUUACCCAUAUGGUUACAAAUAUCUUGAUACAUAUCAAAGUGAUACGUCCCACUAGAAUGCCAAGUGGGACAUAACACUUUUUAUGUCAUCAAUUAGCGCAUUACAACCUUACAGGAACGUCAUCGAAACGAGAUUAGUGAUAUAAAUUAAGAUCGAUUAUGGGUAAUUAAACUCGCUACCAUUUCGUAUCAUG